AUGGCAGUCCCUCAGCGGACACUCAACUGGUUAUAUUCAGCCUUGACCAAGGAUCACUACGACCCCAAACAGACCUACCACGACCCUAAUCGAGCCUACCACGAUGUUGUCAACACGCUUGCUCAGUACCCCUCGCUCUCCCCUCGCACUGAUGUUUAUACCUACGAGAAUGGCUUCUCUGCCCUUCUUCUCCACCUUGUCGGCACGCUGCCUACGGUCUUCCGAGGGACAACAUACCGGUUCCCUGUCGCUAUUUGGAUCCCAAAUACGUACCCGCGCGAACCGCCCAUGGUAUAUGUGACACCACCCCAAGAUAUGACAGUCCGUGUUGGCCAACAUGUCACACUCGAGGGGCGGGUGUAUCAUCACUAUCUUGCGCAUUGGGCUGAAGCCUGGGAUAAAUCAACACUUGUCGACUUUUUGUCAAUUCUCCGUGAUGUAUUUGCCAAGGAGCCUCCCGUUCGCUAUCGUCAACAGAUGCCACCUCAGCAACCCCAACAGGCGCAGACACAAUCUCCCCCGCCGGUACCACCUCUUCCACCUGGGAUGGGGCCCUCGCAAGCUGCGGUCCAGGCACAAUCUCCUCGCCCAAUAGUUCAGACCCAAUCCCCUCCACAGCUCCCUCCGAAACCUGGGUCGGUUCCCACGCAUCAACAAUCGCCAGCCCAGUUGGCAGAACGGUACCGAUCCCCUCCACCGCUGCCACCGCUGCCUCCGAAGGGAUAUGACCCUAGACGAGCGUCGUCAAUCCCCAUGGGAGUAGCAGGCUCUGGAAGCCAGGUACCUCAGCAGUAUGCGCCAUCACAAUACCCAGCUUCGCAAUCUACGGGGCACACCAUGUCUCCGGUACCCCAGAGCCCAACAUACAAUAGAAACGCCGGUUUCAAUGGACCUCAACAACCACCCUAUGCUCGUCAAGCUGGGCCACAUGGCACACAGGCUCCGCCGAUUCCACAGCAAGCUCCUCACCAAUAUCCUCCCCAAGCAUCACAGUCUCAAUACCCGGGUUAUCAGCCUCAACACCCUCUCUCACAACAGCAACCACCACCACCUGGGCCCCCAUACCCACAAAACUCUCCUUAUCCAUCAAAUUACCCACAUCCGCCUCCAGCAGCACCUGCUCCAAAGACCCAGGCACCAGACCUUCUUACGUCUCCCUUUGAAAUCGGGCUCCCAUCAUUUGCACCCACAGGACCAGCUCCUCCAAUCCCACCAAACCCAGAAAAGGAUGCUCUCCUACAGGCUGUCUCUAGAACACUGGCCGAGACCUUAGCAAAUCAAGCCACGCAAUCCGAUGCAGCAACACACUCCCUAGUCUCGCAAUCCCACUCCCUGCAUGCAGCAAUGGCAACCCUGCAAAACGAAGUGUCCGCCCUCAACGCCUUACAAGCAACUCUCCAAUCCAACACCGCCAUCCUCCAGCAAUCUAUCCAUCGUGCAGAUGCCACAAUCGCAGGUGCCCAGGCCCGCGCAGUAUCGUCCGCUACCCCGUCAGCAUCUACUGCAGCUGGACCCUCAGAUCCUCCGUCUGGCCUCCCACCCAUCGACGAGGUCUUGGUUGCCCCCACAGUCGUCGGGAAACAGCUUUAUGAUCUCGUUGCGGAAGAAGAGGGUAUCCAGCAUGCGCUUUAUGCGCUGCAGGCUGCUCUCGUACGUGGCGUUAUUGGGGUGGAUUCUUGGUCUCGUCAAACACGCGGUCUUGCGCGUGAGGCAUUCUUGAAGCGAGCACUGAUCACUAAGAUUGGACGUGGGAUGGGAUUGGAGACUUCCGUUUCAUAA